GUGUGUUGUGUGUAGGAUAGAAAGUGAGCCCGGGUUUCCAGCUGAGUGCCUGCUCUCUCUCAGUGUGUGUGUGUGUUGUCAUUAUUAUCCUGUCUGCUUUCAGCACAGGAUGGCCAGAUUCACUCAGACUGAUUCCAGAAGGCAGCAGCAGGCUCAGCCCUCACAGCUCCCAGCACACACCAGCCUGGUUUUCACCGGACCGACCGCCGCGGCGACCCAGCACCCGCUCGCCCUCAUCUCGUCCCAGCACCAGUACCCGCCGAUCCCACUCCCGAAACCCAUGAACGGGUCAGAACCCAUCUCCAUUCACCCGGACAGCGGCAACAUGAAAGACCAAGAUGCCAUCAAGCUCUUCAUCGGGCAGAUACCGCGCAAUCUCGAGGAGAAAGACCUGAAACCGCUUUUCGAACAGUUUGGGAAAAUCCACGAGCUGACAGUUCUGAAGGACCGCUACACCGGGAUGCACAAAGGCUGUGCUUUCCUCACAUACUGCGCCAGGGAAUCAGCGAUCAAAGCCCAGAACGCUCUCCACGAACAGAAAACACUGCCAGGGAUGACCCGGCCCAUCCAGGUGAAGCCCGCCGACAGCGAGAGCCGUGGAGGUAAAGACAGGAAGCUGUUUGUGGGGAUGCUGAACAAACAGCAGACGGAGGAGGACGUGUACCGCCUCUUUGAGCCCUAUGGAGUCAUCGAAGAGUGCACUGUGCUAAGAGGCCCUGACGGAAACAGCAAAGGCUGCGCCUUCGUCAAGUUCUCCACGCACGCCGAGGCGCAGGCGGCCAUCAGCGCUCUCCACGGCAGCCAGACCAUGCCGGGCGCCUCCUCCAGCCUGGUGGUGAAGUUUGCCGACACGGACAAGGAGCGGACUAUCCGCAGGAUGCAGCAGAUGGUGGGGCAAUUCGGGAUCUUCAACCCGGCCAUCGCUCUGCCCUUCAGCACCUACAGCAGCUACGCACAUGCGGACUGGCUGAGAUGGUCACAUGCAACAGCCUUUCCAGUGGCACAACCCUCAGAGCUGUGCUACAGGCAUAACGGACAUCUGAUGCAGCAGCAGGCCGCCAUCAUGGCUGCCACCCACGGUGGAUACCUAACGCCUAGCGUGGCCUUCCCCGCCGCACAGAUCCACCAGAUGGGGGCGCUAAACCUCAAUGGCCUGCCGCCCACUCCCAUGACCCCAGUUUCAGGUCUCAGCUCUCCGCCAGCCAACAUCGCGCCCUCCGCCGUGCCCAGCAUCGUCACGCCCAUCGUCAACAGCUUCACCGGCAUCCCUCACCAGCCCAACGGACACCCAGCUGUGGAGGCCGUCUACACCAACGGCCUGCCUCCGUACUCAGCCCAGAGCCCCACAGCAGCAGACACUCUCCAGCAGGCCUUCACUGGCGUACAGCAAUACACAGCAAUUUACCCAGCAACCACACUGACCCCUAUCGGCCAGACACUGCCACAGCCUCCGCAGGUUAUCCAACAGCAGCAGCAAAGAGAAGGACCCGAAGGCUGCAACCUGUUCAUCUACCACCUGCCCCAAGAGUUCGGCGACAACGAGCUGAUGCAGAUGUUCCUUCCCUUCGGCACGGUCAUCUCGUCCAAGGUCUUCAUGGACAGAGCCACCAACCAGAGCAAGUGUUUCGGCUUCGUGAGCUUUGAUAACCCAGCCAGCGCGCAGGCUGCCAUCCAGGCCAUGAAUGGGUUCCAGAUCGGCAUGAAGCGGUUGAAAGUCCAACUGAAACGGCCAAAGGACGCCAGCCGCCCCUACUGACAGAGCCCGCCCUAUGGCAUUUACAGUAACAGCACAGGUGUCGCAGAGAAGUGGGAAUGAUCUUGCAAGGAGUCCAACUUUUUUCUUUACAAAAAAAAAAUCAAAACCACAAAAAAAAAUAAGGAAAAAAGAAAAACAACCACGAUGGGGGGAAAAAAAAUGACUUAAAGGGAUUUCUGAAGACAUAUCGGCGUUUACUUGCGAAAGACGUACAACCCGAAAAGAGAGGAGUUUGCACUGCGCGGAGAGAAUGAGCUGAUCAGCGAUGACGACGACGCCAAGCCAAUAAGAAGGCUCGAGCUGGGAGAUGUGAAACUUUUAACCACACAGCUCCUCCUCGUCAAGACUUGAAAUCUCAAUUAAGCAACUAACGGCAGCGCCGACAGCAGGAAGAGAAAUAGAUUUCUAUAUACAUAUUAAUAUAUAUACACAUAUAUUCAGUGUGAUGAGAGAGGCGCUUGUAGCUUUUUGGUUUUACUGGACUGGACAAAUGAGGGUUAUUACUUGAAGAUCAAGAAUAAAAAAAAACAGGAAAAGAGAAGCUAGCCUAUCCCACCUAAGGACUCGCUGUAUCUCUAGUUCCCUUUCUGUCUUGCUCUCUAUCUGUCUCCUACAGUACUUCUUUCUCUCUCUUUUUCUGUAUCCCUCUCUCUCCUUGGCAAGCGCAGAACUAUGACUUUCUGAGGUCACUGAGGUUUCCAUAGCAACAGUAUGACUGAAACUCUCUCAACCCCUUAGGGACCAAAGGACCAAACGUUUUUAUUGUUCUAAACUGUAAUGUAUAAUAAUAAUGCUAAUACUACUAAUAAUAUUAAGAAUGAGAAAUAAGAGGAAUAAUAGUUUUGAGGACGGAGGUGGGAAAAGGAAUUUCGGGACUUCUCCUUUCGCCUUUAUAGUUUACCAGGUUUCAGGAUAUUUAAACAAAAAAAGAAAAAAAAGUUUUAAAAAGCUAUAAUAGGAGAAUAUUUUAAAGCUGUUUUAGUGGCGUAGACUAUGUUGAUUAGAGAUUGUCAUGGGCAUGUUCAGAUCUACACUCCUCACUCAUGGGAAAAAAGAGAACCCAAGACUCGAGACCCUUCACAGGGGGCACGUCUGGAGCAUGCACACGCACAAGUAUAAUAUACUGUAAAAAAAUAAACGAAUUUCGUUUUUACAAUACGGAUAGGCCUCCACUUCAGGUGCGGCCCUUCUGCAAAUCCUGUGGUCACUCUGUAUUUCACGGCACUAAUUAGCAAGGCGAGGCAAGACUCAUCAUCAAAGCGGUAUUUACAGAACUCAGGGCACAGUCUAGCAGAUGAGCAAUGCAACCAGGACCCAUUCAAACGUACUGACCUUUCUCAACAUGGCUCUCUCACACUGCCCUUCUAGACAUCGAAUAAAUUGCAGAGUACGGGGGGGGCAGAAAAUGUGCAGAAUAAUAAGAUGCACCGUAUUUUCAGUGGGCAUUCAUAUCACAUUUUUACACCUGGCCUUGGACCCUCUUUCUCCUGUUAAAAAAGGCCACAACAAAUAAAGCAGUACAUGCAACAUUGAACACGGAGCGCUGCACAGACAUCUUAACCAAAGUCUGUUGAGGCCUACAUCUGACAUUUUACAGAGACUUGCAACAAGAUGAUGUAGUAGCAUAAUGUUCAGCGAUUCUGCUGCAUCCGUCUCCCUUCCUCUCCUUACGUUAAAUUGGCCAUUAGUAGCGCAGGUUUGAGGUGAAUAACAGCCCUGGAGCGUAUGCAGUAAAAGCUCUCCAGGGGACCUCACUGUCACACACGCAGUCUUCACAACACAGGCUUAAAAUACCACAUACAGCGGCCUCGAUCCCUCCGCCUCUGAGCAUUUCCAGCCAGCAGGCAUUCCCCUUAACAUUUUCAGUGGCCGUCGUUCCUAGCUACCUCUGCAAAAAACACCCUGCCUCAAAAACACGGAGGCAACAUCAUUAAAGCGCCGAUAAUAUGGAUAAUCUGACCGUAAAGCAGGGCUGUAAAAGUGCCAGCCGGUACCAGGGAUAUACAGCAGUAAAAAGCUCAACAUCUUUAACCGGUUAAUAAAACACACAAAUUACCCCAACUGUGGGUAUAAAAGUGCCAUCUGAUUCUCAUUCUGCCAAGCUGGCGCAAUCUGCAGUCACUCCACCACAGGGAUGCUCAAAGGCUUUCUGUUGGCAGCUGGGAGACCCCCCCCACCCCACCCCACCCCAAACACACAGUUCCAAAAUACCUGAAAACCAAAUUUGUGCAAUAAUUAUAAUGACAACAACACCAGGGGCAAAAGACAUAGAGCCGUGCAAGACAGGAGCAGGAGAUCCAGAAUAUUUGUUCUUAAUGUUUUGGAAACUGUGUUUAUAGCAAUCAGGGCACACAGAUUACCAAGUGAGGGUUUUGGCACACUAGAUAAGAUUUUCUUUAACAAAAUAAGUAUUAUGGAGACCUUGAGGAGUACUGUGGGAGACACCAGGGGAUCCCCAGAAUCUGGCUUACAGGCAGAAAGCACGGGAAUCGGAGGGUGCACCACAAUCCGCAACAGGAAAACUAGAAGUCUGCAACUUAGAACGUCUCAUCUAGUAAGAAACCCAGUGACACAUUCUUGUCUGCCCAGGUACAUUGCGACACUUUAGUGUCUUAUGAAAUGCUGCAGUGCACAAUAACAAGCUUUUUUUUUUUAAAGAAAAGCAAAUGCAACUGAGCUAUUUAACACAAAGAAACAGCUUUGCUGCGGGAGAAAAAAAAUGGACUUGCCAAGACGCGCUCUUAAGUAGCGAGGAAUGCUGAAAGACACGAGUGGCUACAGUGUCUCGGGCUCAGAGGGCCAAGGUAACCCCUGUCCUUUGUGCUCGUUUGAACAAAAAAAGAAGCAAAUUCACUGAUCAGAAUGUAUCUAGUUAACGGGUAACACGAACCGGAACAAAAAUGCACGACGUGUCCAAGGUGAAGCUCAUCUCUGGGUACUUUUGUUUCCCUGCAUUUCACGUUAUACAUCAUCCCUGUCCUUUACUGCCGUCGCUGACCCUCAGACCCCGUGCUCUUCUCGUGAAUCCUGAGCCGAGCCCCGUGAUGUGUGAAGGAGCUUUUCACUUGCAGCAGGUGGCGACACUUUCCAGCAGCCCCUCCACCCACCAUGUUCCAACAGAGGGCCUGUGGGGCCCUGGCAGGGCCACAUUUAAUCUGCCGACUCUGAAUAGGAGCUCUUUAGAUAAACACAGAAUCAGCAUUUCCAAGGAUCUGAAGGAGAGCAACGUUUCCCCACCAGCAAAAAGACUGAAGUAGGAUUGAGUGCGGAUCCUUUGAUCAUCCUGACGUACCAGAACACAGAGUCAGCCAGGGCAAUGCCGAAAGUGUCCUGCAUCACCGCCAGACUACACGGCACAGAACGCGACAAUGACUUCAUCGGGACUAACUGUCACAGUGUAAUAAUGCAAAGAUAUACUUCAUAUGACAGACCAGUCGAUAUCAAGAUGUCCUGCUCCUGUUUCCAAGUACCUGGAGGUCUGGCCGGUUGCUUGACCAACAAUCAUCGCCGACAGCCGCAACCAAGGCCAGCCAGUCAGGCACCACCACGCAGCUCAGGCUGGGGGACAGGCCACUGUUUGGAGGGAACGCAGCCACUCAGGGUGGACCGAUCUGCCGGGCCGCGCCCCAGGUACUUCAGGAAGUCGAGGGAGAGCCCACGUGCGGCCCCCUUUUCUGUGCAUGACGAGCAGGGCUACUACCCGCGUCCAAGCCAAUCUGUGAGAAACGCACCAAGGCAUGGACAGAACGGACAGGCAGGUUUCACUGCACAAGGAGCACGUUUAUUUUUCUUCAAGCGUCGCCGUGGCCGAGAGAGAAGCGUCGACACUUCUCCCUCGAGGUCUUCUUGUGAGCCUCCGCACGCCGACACACUGCUCUCUUCCUGAUCUUUUAAAAAAAAAUAAAAAA